AUGAUUGGCCAGUUAGUUGAGGAAAACAAAGAGAUAAAAAAUCAUGUGUCCAAACUAACUAAUGCCUUAACUGUAUGGGAACGUGAAAAAUUUUUAGUGCAAGCUCAACCGAACCCUAGGGGGCAACACAUGGCACAAACUUUUGGGGUAGGAGAAAGCAAUCUUAGAGAAGUAAAUGCCAUAACCACUCGAUCUGGUAAGGUUAUUGAACCAACCCCCAAACCUAGGGAAGAUAAAAAGGACCCUAGCAAUUCAGAAGAGAGUACCCCUAGUGAGGAGGUAGUGGAAAAUCCAUCUAGAGUGCCUUUCCCUCAAGCUCUCAAGUCUAUCUCAAAAUCUGUCGGCCAACAUAAUGAAAUUCUAGAACAUCUAAAACAAGUAAAAAUCAAUCUACCUCUCCUACAUGUGAUCUCCCAGGUUCCCACCUAUGUUAAAGUUCUAAAAAAAUGGUGCACUGUGAAGAGGAAACACCAUGUCAAGAAAACUGCUUUCUUAACUGAACAUUUAAGUGUUGUGAUUGAUCAAAAGAUACCACCAAAGUAUAAGGACCCUGGUUGUCCUACUAUCUCUUGCAUCGUCGGGAACCAUGUGAUUUCACAAGCUCUUCUUGAUCUAGGGGAUAGUAUCAACAUCAUGCUGUAUGGUAUUUACUUAUCGUUAGGGCUAGGAGAGAUGAAACCCACAUCAGUAAGUUUACAAUUGGCUGAUCAAUCCAUUAUUAGGCCUAGAAGAGUAGUUAAGGAUGUGUUGGUACAAGUUGACAAAUUUUACUACCCUGUUGAUUUCUUGAUUUUGGACCUAAAAGUUGAUGUAAAUGUUAACUCCAAAAUUCCCAUAAUUCUUGGCAGACCUUUUCUUACCAUAGCUAAUGCUCUUAUCAAUUGCAAAAAUAGUUUAAUGAAACUAUCAUUUGUGAACAUGACCCUGGACGUCAACAUCUUUUACAUCAUAGAGCAACCUGAGGAGGAUGACGAUUGUCAUCAAAUAUUCAUGAUUGAUGCAGUCAUUCAGGAGGAAGCACCCACGAUUAUUGACACCAACCCUUUAAACUCUUCCCUUUAG